AUGCGGGACGUGCCCCGGGGUGCAGGAUCGGGCCCGCUCCGGGGGCGGCUGGCUGGCAGCCUGGCGCCGUCUCCGGCUUUCACCCACGAUAAGCUCUUCGGGAAGCGGCUGCUCCAGGCCGGGCGCUACAUCAUGUCCCACAAGGCUUGGAUGAAGACGGUGCCCACUGAGAACUGCGACGUGCUCAUGACCUUCCCGGACACCACCGACGACCACACGCUGCUCUGGCUCCUGAACCACAUCCGCCUCGGCAUCCCGGAGCUCAUCGUCCAGGUCCGGCACCACAAGCACACCCGCGUCUACGCCUUUUUUGUCACCGCCACCUACGAGAGUUUGCUGCGUGGGGCCGAUGAGAUCGGGCUGCGAAAGCCGGUGAAAGCCGAAUUCGGUGGAGGCAUGCGGAGCUUCUCCUGCGAGGAGGAUUACAUCUACGAGAACAUCGAGAAUGAGCUUUACUUCUUCACGUCUCAGGAACGGCAAAACAUCAUCAGGUACUGGCUGGGGAACCCGCGCGCCAAGCAGGGCGAGGCGCUGCUGGAGACCCUGCGCGCCAAGCAGGGCGAGUCGCUGCACAACAUCCACUUCCUCGAGGGGCAGCCCAUCAUCCCGGAGCUGGCGGCCCGCGGCGUCAUCCAGCAGGUCUUCCCGCUGCACGAGCAGAGGAUCCUCAAGCGGCUCAUGAAGUCCUGGGUGCAGGCGAUCUGCGAGGCCCAGCCGCUCGAUGAGAUCUGCGACUACUUCGGGGUGAAAAUCGCCAUGUACUUCGCCUGGCUGGGCUUCUACACCUCGGCCAUGGUGUACCCUGCCGUCUUCGGCUCCAUCCUCUACACCUUCACCGAGAGCGACCAGACCAGCCAGGACAUCUGCUGCGUGGUCUUCGCCAUCUUCAACGUCAUCUGGGCCACCCUCUUCCUCGAGGAGUGGAAGCGCCGUGGGGCCGAGUUUGCCUACAAGUGGGGGACACUGGACACCCCGGCCGAGUCCAUCGAGGAGCCCCGGCCCCAGUUCAGGGGCAUUAAGAGAAUCAGCCCCGUGACCAGCGCGGAGGAGUUUUACUACCCGCCGUGGAAGCGCCUGCUCUUCCAGUGCCUGGUCAGCCUCCCCGUCUGCCUCUCCUGCCUCUUCUUUGUCUUCCUCCUCAUGCUGGGCUGCUUCCAGCUCCAGGAGUUCGUGCUGAGCAUCCAGGAGCUGCCCCGGAUCAUCCGUUUCCUCCCCAAAAUCGUCCUGGCCGUCAUCGUCUCCGCCUGCGACGAGGUUUACAAGAAGAUCGCAUACUGGUUGAACGACAUGGGUGCGUGGGGGCGGCACCCGGGGGUGCUCCUGUUUCAUUUUGUAAAUUCAUACCUGAGUCUUUUUUACAUCGGUUUCUACCUCAAAGACAUGGAGCGGCUGAAGGAGCCCCUGCCCCGCGGGCUGCGCCGGGGGGACCUCAGCCUCCGCAGCCUCCGCCAGCUCGCCCACGCCGUCCUCUGCCUGCUCGCCCCCCGCCGCCGCCCCCCGGCCCCCCCCGAGGGGUCGAGAGGGGAGAAGAAGUGUCUGAACGGGGGCUGUGGGGUGCCGGAGGAAGAGGAGGAGGAGGAAGAACGGCGUGAGUCAGACUCGGAGGAGGAGAGCGCCCUGGAUUGCGGGUUGAAGCUGAAGAAGGUGAGCUUCAUCGAGAAGGCGGAGCGGCGCGGCGGGGAGCCCGGCGGCCCCGAGGACGAGAGCUUCCUCGAGGAGGGCAGCCCCACCAUGGUGGAGAAGGGCAUGGACCCCGCGUCCGUCUUCGAGCUGUGCGAGGAUGAGGAGGAGGCCGAAGGUCCCCCCUGCAGCCCGGUCAAGGCGGCGGAGCCGGCGGUGGUCCCGCGGGCCGGCCGGAGGAGGCGGGCGGCUGAGAGCCGGGAGGAGGAGGAGGGUGAGGAGGAAGGGCGGAGGCGCAACCGGGCAUCGUGGAUCGACCCGCCGGAGGAGGACUACUCCACGCAGCUGACGCAGGCGGAGGUGGAGAGCUGCAUGAAGAAGUACGAGGACACCUUCCAGGACUACCAGGAGAUGUUCAUCCAGUUCGGCUACGUGGUGCUCUUCUCCUCCGCCUUCCCCCUGGCCGCCAUGUGCGCCCUGGUGAACAACGUCAUCGAGAUCCGGAGCGACGCCUUCAAGCUGUGCACGGGGCUCCAGCGUCCCUUCGGCCAGCGGGUCGAGAGCAUCGGGCAGUGGCAGAAGGUGAUGGAGGCCAUGGGCAUCCUGGCCAUCGUGGUCAACUGCUACCUGAUCGCCCAGUGCGGGCAGCUCCAGCGCCUCUUCCCCUGGCUCAGCCCCGAGGGAGCCAUCAUCUCCGUGGUGGUGCUGGAGCACUUCGCCCUGUUCCUCAAGUACAUCAUCCAAGUGGCCAUCCCCGACAUCCCCGCCUGGGUGGCCGAGGAGAUGGCCAAGCUGGAGUACCAGCGCCGCGAGGCCUUCAAGAAGCACGAGCGGCAGGCGCAGCACCACUUCCAGCAGCAGCAGCGACGCAAGCGGGAGGAGGAGGAGCGGCAGCGGCACGCCGAGUACCAGGCCCGCAAGGAGCGCGAGUCCAGCCGCGACGAGGCCAAGCCCGAGGCCGCCGGGCAGGACCCGGCCCACGAGAAGAGCCAGAGCAAAGGGAAGGGCUCCGGGGGUUCCUCGCACGGCUCUGACAAGCCCAAGCGACCCAGCUCCCUCCUGGCCACCAACAACGUGAUGAAGCUGAAGCAGAUCAUCCCUUUGCAGGGCAAGUUCCUCUCUGGGGGGGCCGGGGCCAGCAGCACGGCCACCGCCAGGUCCCCCCAGUCCCCCACCGGCAGCGAGAACAAACUCCCUGGCUUCCUCAGCUUCAAGUUCCUGAAAUCCCCCGAGACUAAGCGGGACACAGGGACCGAGAAGGUCCAGUCGCCCACCAAGCCAUUCAAUCCCAGCAAGCUCUUCAACUUCGGCAAGUCCGAAGGGGCCGGGGGCAAUGGCGCCGCGGCCACCGCCUCCCCCCAGCCCCGGCCUGGCCCCUCGGCAGACACAGGCGAGCGGCCGGUCCCCAGCAAGUCCCAUCUCAACGGGGUGCCGGAGGAGGGGGGCCGAGAGGAGCCGGAGAGCCGGGCGGAGGAGGAGAGCGGGGGCUAUAAACUCUAA